GGAAACCCUUGUGUGGAGUUUGCCGAACCGUGGGAUAGUCAACUAGAUAGUUCUUCAGCCACAUCAUUCGAUAUACCUGAUUCCACCGCCGUCAUAUUGAAAUCUUUGAGUCCAAGCCUCAAGCCAACGUCGACGCCAUGGCCAAGUCCAAAAACCACACCAACCACAACCAGAGCAGCAAGGCACACCGCAAUGGUAUCAGGAGGCCACAAACUAACCGGAGUCGGUCGCUGAGGGGGGUUGACCCCAAGUUCCGCAAGAACGCGCUUUACGCCCUUAAUGGAUCGCGGAAAGCACGGGCUGAACAAAAAGCUACAUCAUGAUUCAGUUGCGAGCAAACUUCCAGUACGCUUUCAUCUCUGGUAUCCAGAGAACAUGCCACACGCUUGGCUGUAUUACCUGCCAUGACUACUACAUAUGGCUUAGGUUAUCGAAAUAUCAUAUCACAUACAUCGCAUCAUCGUGAGCAUCUAUUGUCUGCAAACUUCGACCACCAUUCACCGUCGACUCGCCUGGUUUCUGUCAUUCCGACCAAGAGUUACUUACAACCUCGCAGCCUGUGAGAUGAAGGAGUAAUGCAGCAUCACUAUGAAAUAAGAGACUUGCCCACACAUCACUGCAUGUUCAGGCCGCCCAAUGGUGUUAUGUCUGCCAAAUCUAAGCUUGAAUGAUAG